GAUGUGGUCUCUUCAUCACCUGGGCAGCUCUGUACAGGUGUAACCUGGACGUGAUGGUUUGGAACGUGGUGUUCCUGGUGGUGAACUUCAUGCACCUGUUCUUCCUCCUGUACAAACGCAGACCUAUAAAGAUCGACAGGGAGCUGCGCUCGGUCUACAGGAGGAUGUUCGAGCCCCUCCACGUGAAGGAGGCUCUGUUCCAGAGGCUCACAGGACAGUUCUGCACCAUCCAGACCCUGAAGAAAGGUCAGGCCUACGCUGCUGAGGACAAGACGUCGGUGGAUGAACGGCUCAGUAUCCUCCUCAAAGGAAAGAUGAAGGUUUCCUACAGAGGUCACUUCCUUCACAACAUCUACACAAACUCGUUCAUCGACUCUCCGGAGUUCAGGUCCACUGAGAUGCACAGAGGAGAGAAGUUCCAGGUGACCAUCUUGGCCGAGGAGAACUGUAAGUUCCUGUGCUGGUCUCGAGAAAGACUCACGUACUUCCUGGAGUCCGACACCUUCCUCAACGAGGUGUUCAGGUACCUGAUCGGGAAAGACAUCACCAACAAGCUGUACUCUCUGAACGACCCCACGCUCAGCGACAAGGCCGUGAAGAAGAUGGACCGGCAGCCCAGCCUCUGCUCCCAGCUCUCCAUGAUGCAGAUGAGGAACAGCAUGGCGAGCACCAGCGACACCGACGACGUCCUCAACCAGAUCAUGCAAAGAGGAUCGGCUGGGUCAUCGAUCCAAAAAUCACCUGGAACCAGAGCCUCCGCCAAGAUGAAGCCCAUAGCAGAAGGCCUGGAGGACGAUGUUUUUGAAGAAUCUGCUCCUUCCAAGUCCGCUCACAUGGGCAGCACCUCCAGUGAGGAGGUGUAGACCGCACACAGCAGAGAGAACGACCCAGGCAUGAGCUUGAAAUGGAUGUAUGUGCCUUUUGUUCAGGCUGAUUCAGCACCAUUUGAAUGUCAAAAAGAUGAUCAUUUUGAAUGUUUUUGUCAGUUUGUCCACCAGAGGGCGCUAAAAAGAAGCAUUUUGACCUCUCAGGGCGCGGUCACAUUGGCAAUCCGUACCGUGCUCCUCCUCCUCAGUCCGCCGCUGGCCUUCAUGGCCUGCGGUCACACUGCUCCAGGACUAACCGGGCCUAAGCACAGUUACCUCUUGUACAUAACGUCGUAAUACAGCACAUGCAUUAUGGCUUAAUGUUAUUAUGAAGCGUGCUUAGUUUACAAGACAGGCGGACUCGAGGGUACGGAUUGCGAGUGUGACCACGCCCUCAGAAAUAUGUGAAAUAAUUCCAACUUCUCCACGCACUAUGAUGUCAUCUUUGCACAUAAUAUAAUAAGAUUUUGGGUUAGCUGCAGUUCAAACAGGAAGUCAGAGUACAUGUCUAUUCAUCUAUUUUCUUCCCCUUAUCCGAGGUCGGGUCGCGGUGGCAGCAGCCCCUGGGUCUACCCCGGGGUCUCCUCCCAUUUGAGCGUGUGUCUGUAAAAACCUCCAAAUUAAAAAAAUUUGCAUUUCUAAUCAAAUGCUAAAACACUCAAAUAUUUGUUAUUGGUUGUUUCGAGUGCAGCUUUAACUUAUCAGAUAUCUGUGUUGGAAUCUCUUUAAAGAAUAAUUUAUCUAUGGAGCUCAACGUGUCCAAACAGACAGGACUGGGCGGUUUCCUCUCUGUGAAUUUAUUUUAUUAGUCAUAAUAUAAAAAUAUAGAUAUAGAUAUAAAUAUACAUUUUACUAUUUCAUGCACAAGGUCACACGUGUCACAACUUUCAUAGAUGUCUUUGUAAGUGAGGAUUUCCCCUUUAGAGAUAUUUUAUUUAAGAACAUACUCUUUUUUUAAACCAGUGCACUUGUGUGUUUAAUAAAAACAUUUACAGUUGUG